AUGCAAAUUUUCAUAAAGACGCUGACUGGACGGAAAAGUAACUUCAACUUCGAGCCGGACAAUACAGUGAGGCAUGUGAAGGAAGCCUUACAAGAGAGAGAAGGAAUCCAGGUGGAACAGAUAAGGUUAAUAUACUCUGGAAAACAGAUGAGUGAUGAUUGCAAGUUAUCCGAUUAUAAUGUAAGCCCGGCUCGACCAUCCACAUGGUACUUCAACUUCGCGGAGGCNNNNUUAUUUUCGUAUUGGAAACGCGAUGGUCUCGGGAGGAAGUACUGGUAUGAACGAAAGAAAAAUUUGGAAAAUUAUUGGAAAAAUGUGCGGAAUUUUAUGACCAUUGAAAAUCUGAUUUGUUUUUGA